CUGUGCGAUUAUGUGUAUGAGUUGGCUACAACUUUCCACGAUUUUUACAAUGAAUGCUAUGUUAUUCAGAAAGAUAUGGACGGUGCAGUAACUUUGCAUUAUCAACGAUUGGUACUGUGUCAAGUAACAGCGGACGUAAUGGCCAACUGCUUUAAAAUAUUGGGGCUGAGGACGGUGGAAAAAAUGUGA